CGGGUUGAAUGCAUAACUAAUUUAGCGAGCCUUGCGAUUAUGCUCACUUAUUAUAUUUAAGUUUCUUAGAAGCAGUCGAUUAAAUGGAAAGAGUUGGACAGUUUCCGCAUUUCUGGUCUUUAGAAAAAAAAACGGUUUGUUUGCUUUCGAUAUGUGUUAUCCAGAUAACAUAGUCAACAGUUAUUUAGGUUACCGUUUGUGAUUCCUAUAUACUGUUCUCAUGACGUAAUAUUACCAGUACAAACAUAUAUGUUUGGUUAUUAUAUAAAGGUUUAGGAAAUAUGAAGUUAUUAUUUCUUCUUUGUUUAAUGAUGUCACAGUUCGCCGUUACGAACUCGAAGAAAAAAAUUGACAACUUUUCUUUCGAUGACAUUUCAAUGUAUGAAAAAGAGAAGGCGAUUUUAAACUCCAAUUGUACAGAUUCAAAGUCUUGCCUUCAACGUUGUCAACAUGGGAAGGUAUGGACGCUUCAAACAGGUUGUUGUAGUUGUACAUGUAGACGAGGUUAUAUUUUAUCAACCGAUGGAGAGUCGUGUACAAGAGUCCGGUUUGGUGAAUGGUCAAGUUGGAGUUCAUGCAUUGUAUCUGAGUGGGGUGGGGUGCAACACAGAGGACGACUUUGUAAGACCAAGUUAGGAAGAUCUGCGAAUAAUAGAUGUGUGGGUGCUGGUAGCCAAUCAAGAUCGUGUUCAAAAGUUACCAGUGAUUUUCGAAUUCGUAAAAACCUCUUGGAUCUGACCGAUGAAGAACUUCAUGAUUUCAUUCAAGGAUUCACUAAAUUUAAACAUGAUCAUUCGCUCUUUGGAUAUCUUAACACGGUCAAAUGGCAUGGAUGGCCUUUUAAAUGCCCAUGGUAUAAACAUGGCAUUAAAUGGCAUUCAGAUGGACAUUGCAGUUGGCAUCAACAUCCUAUGUUCCUAUCCUGGCAUAGACUGAUCACUAUACAGUUAGAACUUGGUUUAUCUCGUCACAUGAAAAACAAAACGCUUGGAAUUCCUUACUGGGAUUGGACGGAUCCUACUUACAAAGGACUUCCAGAUUUAGUGAAGAACCCAACCAUUUAUGAUCCCAUAUUGAAGAAAUAUGUUCCCAAUCCAAUCUAUAGAACGUACAUACCAAGUCACACCCUAGUUAAUAACAAAACCCUAUACAAUUACCGAGUAGUAGAAAGUGCUGGCUACCUUCAACAUGACCUUAUGUUGAGGAAUGUCAUUCUUGCUCUUUCCACGCCAAGUUACAAAAAGUAUGAUGAUACUGCAGUUUUAUCCCAUGAUCAGAUCCACAACUGUAUGUGCGUGCCUAAAGAUCCUCAUAUUGACUGCACCUACAGCUUUGAUACAACUGGUUUCUCAGCAUUUGAACCAGCAUUCUUGUUGCACCACAGCCAAAUAGAUAGGGUGUAUGCUUUAUACCAAAAACUAAGGCAAGUUUUAGGAACACAAGAUUGGACAAAAGAUAGUUUUUUGGAUCCUUACAAGCUGGAUGAACAUUUUGAUUUCUUUAACCGUUCUGAUGUUUCUGGGUCAUGGGAUUGGCCGAUGUCCCCGUUUUGUAACGCUUCAAUGAACCCAAGUUACGUCACGUUAAACAAAGACUCGUGGACCGUCGGCAAUUCUUAUUAUUACCAAGAACUGUUUGGGUAUAAGUACGACACGUUUGAUCUUGCUAGAAGAGAUUGGAAACUUCUUCUCAAAGAUUUAAAGCAGAGUUACAAAAGUAAAUAUUAUGGGAAGAGCAUCCCCUAUUUCUCGCACAUGGGGGUUGACUUGGGCGAAAUAUCUCCUGGGUCUACUCAAUUUAUAACCGGUUGUACUGUCUAAUUAACUACCAACGUAUGAACUUGUUAAAACGAUUACAUUUUAGUAUACCGUUAUAUUUACAGAAAUAUACUUUGUUUGGUAUAAGUAUUAACUGGCUUACAUUCUCGAGGGUGGGAAGCUGAGUGACUUAUCCAUGGUUGCCACUUCCAUGCCCACAGUCGAGUUGCUGAAGCUAUUGCAGUGUGUGGAUAAUCACAAUUUAGUUUGCGUAAUGUUGGUCACGACCCGCAUAAUGGGGUGUAGUGGACAAAGAUCUUUCGAAACACUUGCUAAACUACUCGUUUGAAAGGGCGCGAAAUUAAAUAUUUAUGAUUUCCA